AUGGAUAUUUUUAUACGUGAGGAGGAUGUGUCCUUGGCACAGGUGGGCAUUUAUGCUUCCAUAUCCUUUCUGGUCGUGACUGUCGCUGGUGCGCUUUUCUACGUUUCGUGUUCGAAAAAAUAUCGCCUAAACUGGUUUGAGAAAAAUCUACUUGAAUCAGCUGCGGAAACUCAGGACCCGGAAAAGUGGUGACACCGAGUUGCCGGCGCUGCUAGCUUUAAUUCGGACAAUGUUAGUGAGUGUUCGCGUUCCCGUUCAAUUUACAAAGGUAAUAUGAGUCCCACAUCCAUUAAUACCGAUGAUCCCAGCUUCUGGGUACCACCGCCACGCAAGACUGUGCAACAACAGGUUUCCACAUCCGCUGAAGAGUCCCCACCGCCAUCACCUACCUCUCCAACUGGUAGUCUCAAAUCGAAUACUCUCUCAAUGUCUUCGAGAAGUUCGGUCCCCAUUACACGCUCCGACAAGCAUGUAGUUUUGGGUAUGAAUCCCAGCAGACCGAAGGUGUCCUCGAUGAGCGCAAAAUUGGACCAUACAAAAAUUGAUAUGUCGUUUUAUAGAAAUAACUCCCAGCAGAAGACCUCACCCCAAGGCAGUGAUGAUAUUCGUGGCAAUAUUCAUUUGAGUGUUAUCUACGAUCCCAUAGCCGGAAUGCUGUCUGUGCAUUUGAUAGAGGCACACAAUUUGCAACCACGUGACUUUAGCGGCACAGCUGAUCCAUAUGCUAAAGUGCGCCUUUUACCGGAGAAGAAUUUCUGGCAAACACGCAUACAUAAAAGAACCCUUAACCCAAUUUUUGACGAAGACUUUGUUUUUGAGGAAAACACGAAUGUUGUUGACAAGCGUACAAUUGAAAUUUUACUCUACGAUUUUGAUGCGUACUCUCGUCAUGUUUGUAUUGGUGGCGCUGAAAUACCUCUCAGCAACAUGGAUUUAACGGAGAAAGUUGAGUUGUGGACUCCAUUAGGACCUUGCGCUGAACAAAACCUAAAAGUCGACUUGGGUGAUAUCAUGGUUUCCUUAUCAUUUUUACCAUCGGCUGAGCGUCUUACAGUUGUAAUAAUAAAAGCGCGUAACUUGCGCAUAAUAGAUGAUUCUCGUAGCUCAUCCGAUCCAUAUAUAAAAGUAGCUCUGCUAUCGGCUGGCAAGAAAAUUAAGAAGCGCAAAACCGGCGUAGCACGCAACAUUAUUAAUCCAGUAUACAAUGAAGCACUCACUUUUGAUGCCAAUAAAGAGACGCUAAAGAAUUAUCUGAUUGAAUUCACUGUCGUUUACGAUGGACUAUUGGGUUCGAGCGAAAUUCUUGGACGUGCCAUUAUUGGUAACUCUACAGAAGUACGUCCUGAUGAACGUAUAUUUUUCGAAGAAAUGUUUCGUUCCAAAAAUUCAAUCGCACAGUGGGUACCUCUACAAGAGACCAGCAACAUGCGUUCCAAUGUAGCCAAUGCAACAACCAAUGUUAACUAAAUCCUUGAUAACAUCCUGAUGUAAAAUUGGAUUUUAAGUUCACAGCGCCAGAGCUUUUUUUAAUUUUGCAGAGAAUUAACUUUGAACUGUUCUGAGACAGUAGAAAUUUAACUGCUGGAGAAUAACAGGUUUAUUCUGCGAACAGAAAUUUUUUAACCGGUAAAUAAAGUUCCUGUAAAUUUUUAAACCGGUGCUUGGCUUCACCAUGUCCGCGGGAAAAGCUGUCAAGCUUUCUAUAUUAAAUGUAUACAAAGCGUGAAAGAGCUUUGCCCGCGGGCAGCCCGUGCCCACCAGCAUUUCACAUCCUUUUCGCAUUCUGUACACUCUUGUAACCGGUAAAUUUUGUUAUAGUCCUUUAACUGAAUUGCUUAAUAUUUUGAUUGCAUUACCAACGCAUAUAGAAUCGCGGUGACAAGAAGGGGUAACAUUUUUGGUAGCAAAAGUUUCCGGUUAGAAAAUCCUUGGUAAUGAGCAGAAUAAACCUGUAAUAAUUGUAUGUUUGUUAAUUAGUUGAGGCUAGUUCGGUUUACAGGAUUUAGUCAUAUAUUACUGAAGAUAUUGCAAAUGUGUAUAUGGAAACGAGGCAUUUUGAAUACAUCCUGUAAACCGGGCGAGCAAAGGAACAGAGGGUAAAUUAGUAGGUAUGUAUAUUAUUUUUUUCUCCAGUUCUCUUGGCAAACAAUUUGCCUUAUAUGUAUACUAAAUAUCAGAGUUGGGCAUUAUUCGAAUAAAUUGUUAUUUAGAUAAUUAUUCGAAUAAAAUUUUAUCCGUAAUAUAAUUAUUC